AUGCUCAGCUGGUAUGACAUGGCAGAACUUCUCCUCGGAGAGUCGAAGCUGGAGCAGUAUCUGAAGGAACACCCCCUGAGGCAGGGGGCCAGUCCCCGGGGCCCCAGGCCCCAGCUGACUGAGGUCCGCAAGCAUCUGACUGCUGCCCUGGACCGAGGGAACCUCAAGUCAGAAUUCCUACAAGAAUCCAAUCUCAUCAUGGCCAAGUUGAAUUAUGUGGAAGGAGAUUAUAAAGAAGCUCUGAACAUUUAUGCCCGCGUGGGCCUCGAUGACUUGCCACUGACAGCCGUCCCUCCAUACAGGCUGCGGAUGAUGGCCGAAGCCUUCGCUACCAAAGGACUUUGUUUAGAAAAGCUGCCUGUUUCAUCUUCUACCAGUAAUCUCCAUGUGGACCGGGAACAGGAUGUCAUUACCUGUUAUGAGAAAGCAGGGGAUAUUGCACUGCUGUACCUCCAAGAGAUAGAAAAGGUAAUACUUACUAAUAUUCAAAACAGAAGCCCUAAGCCUGGCCCUGCUCCCCACGAUCAAGAACUAGGUUUUUUCCUAGAAACAGGACUUCAGAGAGCCCAUGUCCUCUAUUUCAAAAAUGGGAACUUGACAAGAGGAGUCGGGAGAUUUAGAGAGAUUCUCAGAGCAGUGGAAACAAGAACAACACAAAACCUGCGAAUGACAAUAGCCAGGCAGCUGGCAGAGAUCUUGUUGCGGGGUAUGUGUGAGCAGAGCUACUGGAACCCUCUGGAGGACCCACCAUGCCAGUCACCUCUGGACGAUCCUCUCCGGAAAGGAGCAAACACAAAAACCUACACCCUCACCCGGAGAGCCCGCAUCUACUCAGGAGAGAACAUUUUUUGUCCUCAAGAAAAUACUGAAGAAGCCCUUUUGUUAUUGCUGAUUAGUGAAUCAAUGGCCAACCGGGACGCUGUGCUGAGCAGGAUCCCUGAGCACAAGAGCGACCGCCUCAUCAGUCUGCAGAGUGCGUCUGUAGUCUAUGAUUUGCUGACCAUUGCUCUUGGAAGAAGAGGCCAGUAUGAGAUGCUGUCGGAGCCUCUUGCCAAGUCUGCUCGUGCCGUGAAGGUGCUGAAAGAGUGUAUCCGUCUGAAGCCCGACGAUGCCACCAUCCCUCUCCUUGCUGCCAAGCUGUGUAUGGGCUCCCUUCACUGGUUGGAAGAGGCUGAAAAGUUUGCCAAAACUGUCGUUGAUGUGGGAGAAAAAACGUCAGAGUUCAAGGCCAAAGGCUACUUAGCUCUGGGGCUCACGUACAGUCUGCAGGCCACUGACGCUUCUUUGCGAGGGAUGCAGGAGGUCCUACAGAGAAAGGCGCUUCUUGCAUUUCAGAGGGCCCACAGCCUGUCACCUACAGAUCACCAAGCAGCUUUCUACCUGGCUCUGCAGCUUGCCAUCUCCAGACAGAUACCAGAGGCUCUGGGAUAUGUUCGCCAAGCUCUCCAACUUCAAGGUGAUGAUGUCAACUCUCUGCACCUCCUUGCCCUCUUAUUGUCAGCACAGAAGCAUUACCAUGAUGCUCUGAACAUCAUCGACAUGGCCCUGAGUGAAUAUCCCGAAAAUUUUAUACUACUGUUUUCCAAAGUGAAGUUGGAGUCCCUCUGCCGCGGCCCGGAUGAAGCGCUGCUCACUUGUAAGCACAUGUUACAAAUAUGGAAAUCCUGUUACAACCUAACCAACCCUAGUGAUUCUGGACGUGGGAGCAGCCUCUUAGAUAGAACCAUUGCUGACAGACGACAGCUUAAUACAAUUACUUUGCCAGACUUCAGUGAUCCUGAGACAGGCUCUCUCCAUGCCACAUCAGUAGCAGCCUCCAGAGUGGAGCAGGCACUGUCAGAAGUGGCCUCGUCUCUGCAGAGCAGUGCCCCCAAGCAGGGCCCACUGCACCCCUGGAUGACACUGGCACAGAUCUGGCUCCAUGCAGCUGAAGUCUACAUCGGCAUUGGGAAACCUGCAGAAGCCACAGCCUGUACCCAAGAAGCUGCCAACCUCUUCCCGAUGUCCCACAAUGUCCUGUACAUGCGGGGCCAGGUGGCCGAGCUCCGAGGAAACAUGGAUGAAGGCCGGCGGUGGUAUGAGGAGGCCUUAUCCAUCAGCCCCACUCACGUGAAGAGCAUGCAGCGGCUGGCCCUGAUCCUUCACCAGCUGGGCCGCUACAGUCUGGCAGAGAAGAUCCUCCGGGAUGCAGUGCAGGUGAACUCAACAGCCCACGAGGUCUGGAAUGGGCUGGGUGAGGUCCUCCAAGCUCAGGGCAACGACACGGCAGCCACCGAGUGCUUCCUGACAGCCUUGGAGCUGGAGGCCAGCAGCCCCGCUGUGCCCUUCACCAUCAUCCCCCGCAUUCUCUGAGCGGGCACCACCGGCCUCGCCUGCCACUCAGGCCCCGGAGGCCCAUUGCCCGGAGGGACGCACCCGCCUCACGGAGGCCAGGGAUGAAUGUUCGAUUGACCACAGUGAACUAACCAAACCAACCUGAAUCAUCGCUCUCUCCACACACGUUUCUCUGGUUGUUUUUGCCAGCCCAAUGGUAGUUUCUGACCUACUGACCUUGUUCAAAAUGGAUUAUGUGCCAUAUUUUGUUGUCAUCUGAGUUUUAAGUAAAAUGAUUAUGGAAUUAAUCAGCAGAUGUAGAGGAAUAUAUUCGAAGUUAAAGUUCAGUGGCGGAACAGAUUAUUUUUAUCAGAGCUGUAAAGAAAACUGUCCUCUCCUCCUACCGUCACUCUUGCCCCACUUGGCCCAGAAACCAAAUGUGAACGUUCUGUUUCCCACCUCAGUGCUAGUCCACGCCAGGACACCAGCUGAUAACUCCCUGGUUUUAUUGUCAAUAAUUGUACCAUGUGAUGAAUUACUGUCCGCACUUAGAACAAAGCCUGAGUCCAAGAAUAUUUAUAUUUUACCAAUAUAUGCCUGUUACAAGAGAAGGAAAUAUGAGUUAUUUAAGUUUAACUUUUUUAUGUGAAUUCAGAGUUUAUUUAUCGAUGGAAAUAUGUACAAAGAAGCUUCAAAUGGAAUAUUUACCGACAUUCCUUAUACAUGACGGACACUUGGCUAAAUGGGAAGAUGAUGUUAAUAAUAAAAUGAUUUUUAAAUGGA